AUGGCCUCUCCGCGCUGCGCUGCCUCACUGCAAUCAUUGUUGAUGAGCCUCGGCGCUUUGUGGCCUCACUACCCUCGUAGCUUCACUGUGCUUGCAGUCUUACUGCACUUUACGGCUUCACUAGCCUUACGGCCUCUCUGCGCCCUUGGUCUCUACACUCGCGGCCUUACUGAUCUUAUAACAUAUGCCCUAGCGGGCCCUCUACACUUCAUGGCCUCUCUGAACUUCGAGGCCUCUCUGCUAUAG